GGCGCAGCACGGGGGUGUGUCGCCAGCUCCCUCCGCGGCCCGCCUGGGACGCGGAGUCUGGGGUGCAGAAGCACGGAGUGAGGAUCCCGGGAGUGUGCGCGUGGGCGCAGCCGUCCGGCCGCCGACCUCCAGGGCCGCGACCACCAAGGGCGUGUUCUAUUUCCAACCUUGCGGUGGGUGCCUGAGCCCGCGGGCGCGGCGGAGAGGCCGACCGGUCUCCGCAGGGAAGGCGUGCUAGGCAGGGACACGGAGCCACCGGGGCACUAGGGGAGAAUCGCGGGUGCCACCCCUGCAAGGGCUCCGAGUGUCGUGGGCAAGAGGAUCGUGGGGGCUUCCCAGCUGGGGGCAGAGUGUGGGGGUGCGUUCGGUCUCGAGGGAGCGGGUGUCCUGGUGGGGUAGACGAGCAGUGGAAGGAGACCCAGGAAGGCAUCGUGGAUAACGAGAGCUGGAUUAAUGCUCUGCGUCGCUGUCUUGAGAUUCUUAAGUUUUUGAACCAAUGAGGUAGCCGGGGAGGGGGGCCUGGAAGUGGGCGGGACGGAGCUGUGGGUUCCCCAACACCUCCUGCGUCGGGCUUGUCAGAGCCGGGCGCCGCUGCCUCCCACAGUCUCACUUUACGUUCUGCGCGGAAGCCUGCCCACUGGUGGUGGUCCCCGGACUCCUGGCUGCCCCCUGCCUGGCUGUGAGCAGUCACCAGCGCGGCUUGGAUGACCGAGAGCCAGCGCGGGGUUUGUAUGACAUUUACUUGCACGUGGGGCUCCGGGGAUGGAAGUAGGGUGUGUGCCGUAGCCACCCUUCCAGACCCUGGUCACCCGUGUCCUCUGUUCAUUUCUGCGGCCUCGGUUGCCAGCUUUACUGCCCCUGCUCCUUCCUCCUUUCCUGAUGCAGUCCGGUUCCCGCCCGCCCGCCCGCUCGUCUGCCCGCAUCAUGCCUCCCCCUCCCACAGACCCCUAGGGUCUCCGAGUCUAGAGGCGCUUUCCUCUCGUGCACGUGGCCCCUCUUUGUGGCUUCCUUCCUUGCACAGCGCGGCACCAACAGCCGGGACCAUCCGGGGCCCGGGGUGGGGAGCGCGCACAGCUCCCCCUUCCCAUCCCCCUUGAGGACCAACGGCUCCGCCUCCCAGGAGGCCGGGGACUUGGCUGUGGCUCGAAUGGAAGACGGCAACGAGAGGGAAGCCGUUGCCUCUUCGUCCACCGCGCUGGGGCGGGUGAAGUUUGGGGCCGCUACACGUGCGAUAGGUGUUGAUGGCCAUCAGUACCGACCUGAGCGUGAGAGGACGCAUGUGCGGGGAGGAGGGCUGCAGCCCAGGUACUGGGCUUGGCAGCAAAAGAACAGAAAAAGAAGGUCGUCUACUACUAGAAGGAGGGUAGAGGCGACUUCUCAAGAGACCUGGCCACCAAGUCCUUCAAGCAGUCAAUGCCUCACUGUCUCACGGGAAAACUCUUCCAUCAUGUCGCUGAAUGGAUCCAUUGAGGAUGUAGGCUACCUCAAGUGUGACACAGAUGAUGCCUUUGAAACCCGCGAGGAAAAGCUGGGGGAAGAGGCCUUCGACACAGUCAACUCCUCCAUUGUGUCUGGCGAGAGCAUCCGUUUUUUUGUCAACGUCAACCUCGAGGUGCAGCCCGCCCAGGCUGCUGACAGUGAAUCGCCUGAUGGCUGCGGGCUCCUCCACACCUCCCGCAAGGCCAGCAUCAUUCUGAACGAGCAGGCCACCUCACUCGAUGACGUGCUGCGGGCCAUGGUGUUGCGCGUAGCCCUUGACCCCGACAACGACGAGCCCAACUGCAACUUGGACCUGCUCAUGUCCAUGCUCUUCACAGAUGCGGGGGCGCCCAUGGCAGUCCACUUGCUGUCGGAUACCAUCCAAGGAGUCACUGCCACAGUCACAGGGGUACAAUACCAGCAGUCGUGGCUCUGCAUCAUCUGCACCUCCAAGUCCCUGCUGAAGCGGCACGUGUGCAUCAGCCGCCUGGUCCGCCCGCAGAACUGGGGGGAGAAUUCCUGUGAGGUCCGCUUUGUCAUCCUGGUGCUGGCCCCACCCAAGAUGAAAAGCACGAAGACUGCAACAGAGGUGGGGCGCACCUUCGCCACCAUGUUCCUGGACAUCACGUUCCGCCAGAAGCUCCUGAAGACCCGCACGGUGGAAGAAUUCAAGGAGGCCCUGGUCCACCAGAGGCAGCUGCUCACCAUGAACCAGGCUCUACCCCCCAACGUGAACAAGUACAACAGGAGCUCCAUCUGCCUUCCGAGGCCCCACCCGCACCUGCAUCCCAAAGACUUCCUCCCUGUGGGGAAGGGCAUCCGAGAGGACUUCGCGCGCAGGUUCCCCGUGUACGCACUGGACUUCACUGAUGGCAUUAUUGGCAAGAACAGGGCGGUGGGCAAAUACAUCACCACCACGCUGUUCCUCUAUUUCGCCUGCCUCCUGCCCACGAUCGCUUUCGGGUCCCUCAAUGAUGAGCACACCGAUGGGGCCAUCGAUGUGCAGAAGACCGUGGCUGGGCAGAGCAUCGGGGGCCUCUUGUACGCACUCUUCUCUGGGCAGCCGCUGGUGGUGCUGCUGACAACGGCACCCCUGGCUCUCUACAUCCACGUGAUCCGCGGCAUCUGUGAUGACUACAAUCUGGACUUCAAUACCUUCUACGCAUGGACAGGCCUGUGGAAUAGUUUCUUCCUCGCUUUGUAUGCCCUCUUCAACCUCAGCCUGAUCAUGAGUCUCUUUAAGAGGUCAACAGAAGAGAUCAUUGCCUUGUUCAUCUCCAUCACAUUCAUGCUGGAUGCUGUCAAGGGCAUGGUCAAAAUCUUCCAGAAGUACUACUAUAGCAACAGCCCAGGGAACUACGGCGUAGAGCACAGUUCCCUGCUGGGCCUCGGCACUAGCCUCAACGCCAGCCUCAACGCCAGCUUCCACACCACCCUCAACAACAGCCUCCUGGGCAGCCCGCAGGAGCUGACCUCAAUGAGCAGCCAUCUCGACCAGCACCCGGGCCGGGAUACUGCUGUGCUCAGCCUCCUGAUCAUGCUAGGCACGCUCUGGCUGAGUUACACCCUCUAUCAGUUCAGGAAGAGCCCCUACCUGCAUCCUUACAUGCGGGAGAUCCUGUCAGACUGUGCCCUGCCCAUCUCGGUGCUCACCUUCUCCCUCAUUUGCUCCUACGGCUUCCGGGAAAUAAAGAUGAGCAAGUUCCGAUACAACCCCAGUGAGAGCCUAUUCAAGGUAGCCAAGAUGCAGUCGCUGUCCCUGGGGGCCAUCAGCAGUGCCAUGGGCCUCGGCUUCCUGCUCUCCAUGCUCUUCUUCAUCGAGCAGAACCUGGUGGCUGCCUUGGCUAACGCACCAGAGAACAGACUAGUGAAGGGCACGGCCUACCACUGGGACCUCCUGCUCAUCGCCAUCAUCAACACGGGGCUGUCUCUGUUUGGGAUGCCCUGGAUCCACGCUGCCUACCCCCACUCCCCGCUGCACGUGCGGGCACUGGCUCAGGUGGAGGAUCGUGUGGAGCACGGGCACAUUUGUGAGACGAUCGUGAGCGUGAGGGAGACGCGGCUGACCAGCCUGGGGGCCAGCAUCCUGGUGGGCUUCUCCCUCCUGCUGCUGCCCUUCCCGCUGCAGUGGAUCCCCAAGCCCGUGCUCUACGGCCUCUUCCUCUACAUCGCCCUCACCUCCAUCGACGCCAACCAGCUCUUUGAGCGCCUGGCCCUGCUGCUCAAGGACCAGGCCUCAUACCCACCCACCCAUUACAUCCGGAGGGUGCCCCAGAGGAAGAUACACUACUUCACGGGGCUGCAGGUCCUGCAGCUGCUGCUGCUGUGUGCCUUCGGCAUGAGCCCCCUGCCCUAUAUGAAGAUGAUCUUUCCCCUCAUCAUGAUUGCCAUGAUCCCCAUCCGCUACAAGCUGCUGCCCCAAAUCAUUGAAGCCAAAUACCUGGAUGCCAUGGAUGCUGAGCACUGACCGCCAGGCCCUGGCACACCCUGUUUAUCUGUCCCUCCGGGUCUCCUUAGCCUGGCCAUGCCUUCUCGUGAGGAGGUGCGGGUGUCUUGGAGUGCUGCGCCAUGCUGCGCCCGCUCCCAGCUGUCCCAACAGGCCUAGGGCAUCUGUGCAUUGUGGGCGGUCUAUAGUGUGUGCCUGCACUGCCCACUGCCCACUGCCUUUUGCUUUGGGUGAAAACACUGCUCAGAGCAGCCUCUGCCCAGGGUGGGACUAAGCAGGAUGGAUUUUCUUUUGAUAAAAGAGUCAGAUGCCGGAGAGAGAGACCAUUUCCUUGAUUGUGUAAGGAACUCACUGUACGCACAUUAGAGAAUAAAGCUCGUUUCUAUGCUUCUACACGCUCUCCGUCCCUGUAGCCUUGCCUGUCUGCAGGCCACCUGAGGGCCCUGGGGCAGAGGGACGAGGGGGUUCCUGCUUGUCGGAUGCCCUCCAUGUGCCAUCACCUCCACUCAGCACAGUGGACACGGGCCCAGCGGGGAAAUGUGGAGGACCCAGGAAGCCUUUGUGCUGCCAGAGACCAGCAGAAGGAGGUGUCUGCAAAGACCCUGAGGAGAGAGAGGGCUUGGGCCCAGUGAAGAGUGUGGCUGGUGUGGGGAAAUCAGCAGGGCCGAUAGCAAAGGGCCCCGACUCCAAGGCAGCUGCAGAGCAGUCUGACCUGGGACUGAAAACAGGCAUGUGUAGGUCAGACUGGCAGUUUUGAACUGUCUGGUCU